AAAAAAUACAUUUUAUUUCAUCUAGUGGUUGUGAAAAAUGGGAGGGGAGGGGGGACUGGUGCAUUUUACCCCACUCUAAGCUAGUCAUUGAUGUGGAGCUAUCACAGCAGUUUCUAUUUUAUUUCAAAAAGGGGAAGUUUCAAAGGAUAUAUAUUGUCCGAGGUUGGAGGGCAGGUAGUGCGAAACAAGUGACAAGAAGAGGAGAGCACAUAACACCACGGUCUGGCUGCUGUGAAAAUGUUGGUCCAUGCCGUGCUGACAUCCCUCUGUGUAGGGCUGGUCUCUGCAACAGUUGUUUGCCCAGAUGGGAGUCUGUGUCCAGACAAGAACACCUGCUGCCUGACCAAGGGAGGAUAUGGCUGUUGCAACUAUCCCUCUGCUGUCUGUUGUUCUGACCAGCUGCACUAUUGCCCAGCUGGCUACCACUGCAGCAGUGCAGCUCAAUUGUGUGUGAAAGACGGCCAGCCACGGUACAGACUGGCAUGGCUGAAGCACACACCCACCCAGGAACCUGAAUCCACUCUCCUCAAGCUCUCUCUUCCCGAGUCUGAUAGCAGAGCCAUUCAGGAGACAUCAGAUCCUGUGGUGUGGUGUGACACCGCCACUUACUGCAGCGAUGAUGAAACGUGCUGUUUAGGCCGUUCUGGUAACUGGGGCUGCUGUGGACGAAAAAAUGGUCAGUGCUGUAGGGAUGGCAUUCACUGCUGUCCAUAUGGCUUCUACUGUAACAUAGCCUCUACCAAGUGCCUGAGCGGGGAUCUGAGCAUAGAUGCAAUUCCCCAGCUGCCUGCUGUCAGAUCUGAUGAUGACCAGUCUGACCGCAGAGCCAUUCAGGAGAGGCCAUCAGCUGUUGGUAAAGUGAUAUGUGAUGAGGGUGUUUACUGCAGUAAUGGUGAAACAUGCUGUUUAAGCACUACUGGUACCUGGGGAUGCUGCGUGUAUUCAAAUGCCCACUGUUGUAGGGAUGGCAUUCACUGCUGUCCAAGUGGCUACAUGUGUGACAGCAGCUCUCACUGCCAGAGUGGUUAUCUGCGCAUAGCUGCCUCUCCCCAGCUGCCUGCCCUCAGAUCUGAUGGCUAUCAGAGAGACCCUGAAAUGUAAUGCCACCUCCAUGAGCUGUGUGAGGGGAGACACCAACACCCUUCAUCUACCAUGAGGAGGAUACAGCAACUGUGAUGCUGCAACACUGCUAUGGGUCUCAUGGCAGAACUUCACAUCAGUGGGAUUCAUCCAUCAGCGCUUCAGGAUGUACACUGCUCAGUCUUUCAUUGCUCACUGUUCAGUGUUAGCUUUUUGAUUUCCAUAUAAAAUAGUUCAUAAAUCAUAAAAUCAUGAGAAGCAUCAAUAAAAAACAUGUGGGAGUAUAAUCUACACUUGGAAAUAAAAAAUAAAAAUGUACACCUGA